CCUCACACCACCGUACUGCUGUCGCCGCUACCUCGUGCACGUUACCGCUGCAAGCACUGCAAUUCAUAGGCCUCACAAACGUUGCGCUGAAGUCCAACGAAUACGUCUUAUUGCCCCUAGCAUCAUUAUCUUGGGAAUUGUCGAAUAAGCCCCGUUUGCGAUCGUAGCCACUACAGCUACUACCGGCUCGUCCGGUCUGCGUCGCAAGGCCUCAUGCUUCGUGCGUGCUGAAUUUACCGCGAAACACACCCCAUGCUGCUUGAAUGCCUCCAGUCCUGAAUCCUUUCUUACGGGCCUUCUUUCGGAGCGCACUCCCUAGCCAGUGCUCCCCAGCCCAGCACCACAUACUUCUUGUCCCCACGACUGAAGUCCUUCUCACCUCGCGCGACUCCGACUCGAACAUAUCGUACGCUGAUCUCAGCGGUUCCGAAGAGUUCCUAGCAAGCCAUGUAUUGCGCGUGCCGGGCGGGGUGGGCCCCAACAACCAAGUCAAGGAUGCAGGGAGCUUCAGGGAGACGCGGGGGAAGGCUAAGCAGUUCACGACGUCGAACGGCCGGACGGUGAUAGUCAAGGAUGCCUUUAUAUACAGCAACAAGGGAUUCAAGACGCUGAACCAAGCCCAGCUGCUGCACGACACUAUCUUCUACCCUGACACCUUUGACGCUCAGCCUUGGAUUGUCUACUUCAUAUCCCGUCCGCUGAUCGGAACCUACGAAGCGACCCCGAUCAAGCCUGUCAUAUUGGAAAUCAAAAGACCUGUGGUCGCACAGCCAUCCGCUUCAGCGAGCUCUUCCGCGGCCGCCAGUGCAGUUGCGCCGCGAAAGAAGGAGGUCAAGUCGUUUAGCGAUCUGUUGAAUCACUUCCCCAUGAUUGCGCGCCAGAUGCAACCCGGUUUGGAGAGGCUGUUUAAGGAGUUUGGGAAUGAGCUGGAGAAGCCCCUGCCUCCAACCCCAUCACAAAGGUCACGCCCGUCUUCUAUGAGCUCGCGCAGGCGAGGCUCAGUAUCGUCAGCAGAAACUGCGCCCUUGUCAAUGCAUAGCAGCAUGUCUCAAGGCCCAAAUGGAUUUAUAUCGACACUCGAAAUUGGCGAAGAAGAGGACCAGAUGCGAAACUCGCUGGAGACGGCGGUGACUGCUGCGAUCGACUUGUUCCAGAUGGUGGACAAGCAGCAACUAUCAUUGCUGGGCGCAACAACAGACUUGACAGGUCCGAUUGUAGAACGUAUGAUUGAACGAUACAUCGCCGAGCAAGUGCACCAUACGAUACUGUUUCCGCGAAUAUGUGAAGCACGGCGUCGCGAAGACGUGGAGCUUGAGCGCCGAACGCGACAGAUGGUGGACGUCGACAUAUCGCAAGUUGGGAUCGACAUCGGCGAUGGUCGCAAAGGCAAGCAAGAGCUUGCGAUCCGCCUCUCGAAAGCUGUGGACAUAUUCAAGAAGAUGGGAGUUGCGGGAAGUCCACAGGAGAUGUUGGAGACAUUGCUUGCGGUUCAAAAACACAUCACGAUGCCCGACGUAGUAGCAGCUGCAGAUGAGCCCCAAGCAAAGGCUUUGACCAACGGAGACCAGGUCUCGGAAAAGCCUAGUCAUCUGCUCACGAUCAACGCCGAUACUUUGGUGUCACUUCUACUCAUAGUUGUGAUACGGGCUCCAGUUCGACAUCUGCAGGCACGUCUCUCGUAUAUGCGUCAUUUCAUCUUCAUCGACGACGUAGAGAGCGGUGAGAUGGGGUACGCGCUCAGCACCUUCGAGGCUGUCUUGUCAUACCUAGUACAGGAUUCUGGAGGCUUGCGAAGAGCAAGUCGACGCAACCGCAACCUUUGGCAAUCGACAAGGUCCGGCGAUCUCGCUGCGAUGAACGGCAUCCUUGACCCUGACAGGGCGUAUCACGAAAACACAGAGGAGGACACAUCAGACGAGAGCGACGCUCCAGAAAGGGUUCGCCAUCUACGAUUUGCGGCAAGCAUCUCGAAUUUGUCUUUACUCGAUGGGACCACAACGAACGGCGACGAAGAGCCGCGAAGAAAACAUCGGAGUCGGUCUCGUAGUGAGCGUAAGAAUGAGGACGGCCCACUAGCACAUAUCUUCCCCUUUCAACGAGCGCCAACACCCGCACUGCCAGAUCGACCAAAACUGAAGAAGACCGUAUCAAUGGAUUCGCGAAGCAUGUCGAGCUGCUCUGCAACAUCCUUCAGAUCUCGCACGACUUUUGACUCUCGAAUUAGCGGCAUUGAGGGUGAUACAUCGAUAGAGAAGCUUACCAUGACUCAGGGACCUGGCGGGGAGUCUGUCCUGAUGAUGGCUGUCGAGAGCAAGCAAGACAAGGCGUUACAUUAUUUGUUGGCUCUGUCCGAGUACUACCCUCCAACCUUCGUGCUCGAAGAUUGUAAUAACGAAGGUACGACGUUGCUUAGUGCAGCUGUUCAGUUAGCACAUGCAAGGACGACGAACGUUCUACUCACAUACAUCCUGGAGCAUACGAGUCAGGAGACACUACGAGAGUAUAUUGCGAAACAAGACUCUAAGGGCAGGUGCAUGGCACAUUAUCUUUUCCACCAACCGCGACUCAUUGAUCGCAUUGGACACCUUCUUCCCUGGCGGUUGAGAGACAAGAAUGGCCAAACUCCGCUUUUCGCGCUAUGCAGGUCUUACGACCACGAGCAGUACUACGACAUGGUAGACAAGGCGCUUUUGUCUGCUACUCGGGCACAGAAAGAUGGGCAGAUGUUACAUCUCGACGAGCAUGUUGAUAACAAAGGCAACAGUCUAGUGCACAUCAUCACCGAUCCUCAAAUCGCGGUCAAGCUCCUCUAUCGUUGUGAUACGGACGUCAACGCCACCAACGACAGACAAUUUACCCCCCUCAUGGUAGCAAGCAAGUACGGGCGGACCGAUAUGGUUCGAGUGCUGUUCCAGGACCCGAGAGUCGAUCUAUCGUUCAAGGAUGCACGUGGACUAACAGCUGUCGAGCUUGCCAAAGAUGACGACGUACGCAAUCGUAUCGACGAUCUCGUGUUGCUUUCAAACGAGCCUGGGUCUGAUGGGCGAACUACCACCGUUGUCCGAUCCUUCUUCGUCGAAGACGGUACGGUUAGACUUGUGCUCAAGUCCGGAGCACCUACAGGGAAUGGCACCAUCACAGUAACAACAUGUCGCAGAUCAUCGCAAGACUUCGAAAACCUCGCAAAAUGGCUUGCGCAAGAACACCCCGCUUCAUGGUUACCAGCCGUCUCCAAUCUAGCAUCACCUUACCUUAUCCCCUCCAGACCUUCCCGUGCAGUUCUGCGGGACAUACAGCUGAGACUCGAUGCAUUUCUCAAAAUCCUUCUCCGACACCCCACCUUUGCAACUCAUGAGAUGGUAUGGGAGUUCUUCCUUGUUCCAGACAUCGACUCUGCCUUGCUCUCUCAGAGGUCGGCUCGCAAAGCUGAACUCCGCAUCGAGCGUCUUCGCGAAGAGUAUGUUCCGAUAUACGAUGUCCGGGAAGUCGAACUCUUCGUCCAACACGCACGAGAGAACGUGCGAUCUCUUCACCACGCCUCGAAAUCCGUCUUGCGUCGAACGAACAAGCUACGCUCAGCGUCGUCCGACCUCACCGAUGCUGCUAGGCUUUCCAACACAGCCAUUCACUCUCUCACCUUUUUGCCGGAUAAGCACCUCAGAGCUAUGGAUCGAUACACAAAGACCCUCGCCCAGAGCGAAGCAAGUCCUAUAUCCGGCUUCUACUACAACAUGCAUGCCAUCUCCAGCACUAUAACCGCAAUCCUCACUUCUCUCUCCCGCCCCUCCACCCUCAUAUCCUCCAUGUCAAGCACCCAAAAAGCAAUCGACAGACACAAUCUCUCCGUUCGCCGAUCCGACCGCUGGCCCCUCGGCCUCCUCGACGACGCGCGCUCCCGAGUUCAACGCGAUGCUCAGGAUAAGAUGGAUAAGUCAAAGCUGGAACUUGCGGAUCUGGGCAGGGAAUUGAGAUACACGCAGCAGGUUGUGGCAGGAGAACUGGCGAGCUGGCAGGAGAACCGUGUAGAGAUGGGACGAACGGCGUUGAAAGAACUCGCAAAACGGAUGGUUAUCACAGAGCGCGCAAGGUUGGAGAGCAUGAGGAGGGCCAUUCGAGAGUUGAGAGGAAGCGGUAAAACAAACAGUUCGUCUGGAGAUGCAGACCUGGUCGUGGAUAUGCAUGUUGAUGAAGCGGAAAGCCAGCGUGGUGUGCUGGAGGAGGUUGCAGAUGAUGAGGAAGAUGACACUGCCGUCCCAGCUCAAACACCUCAACCUGAAGAGAUAGUCAACGGAGACGACCAUCCCGCAGACGAUGAGCGUUCCCUUGACAGCGAAUCUACGGAAGAAUCACAUUAGGCUGGCGAGCCUAGCAUAUCCGCGCUAGAACGACGACAUGUAUAGCUUUCGCCGUGCUAGCUACACUCUCGACUACUGGUCCUCACUUGAAUAGAUAGGCUUGGGACAAAUAAUGAAUGAGGAUUGAGUUUAAAUCAGCGAUGGCGUUCAUGUAAUGGAACAAGUAGCGACACAAUUAGUCUUUUUUCUCUGGGCACGCAAAGAAGACCCAGGUCUUGUCGUCGGAUUCUGAAGUAGAAUAGUGUCGACCUAGGUAGCGAUUAUGUUUGCCCAUUCAGGAUAUGCUUUCGGUGAUGUUUUGCUUCUCUUAUGAGGUAUUGUUCACAAUGUGGUGAGAUGGAGGUAGGGCCGCUGCACUGUCACUGCUUUGUCUGGACUUGGAGGUUUUGCUGCGAAGUUCACGACAACACACCAUGUCAGACGCGUUUUGAGGUGUAUUAAACAACUAUAAGGGCCUCGGAAGGAGUCUGGUCGUGCGUCACAUUAC